AAAAUAUUGGCGCUUGUUGUGCUAGCUGUCGCCAGCUACGCGUUGCUAAUGACUUUACCUCCAUGUUACAACGACUUACUUUCAUCACAACACCUGCUGUGACAUGACACGUAGCCGUUGUUUAUAACAGCAGCAUUCAAAUCACAACAGGACCAAAAUGGCUCAAGACGUAUGUAGCCAUGUAAAAGUCGUGGUUCGGGUUAGGCCAACCAAUGACUGUGAGAAACGUGAAAACUGUCGCAAUGUGGUCCAAGUUGUCGACAGUCACAUGAUUAUAUUUGACCCCAAGGAAGAGGACAUAUCGUGUUUUGGGUCACAAAGACAGAGGAACCGAAAUCUCAACAAGCGGGCCAACAAGGACCUGAAGUUUGUUUUUGACCACGUCUUCGAUGAGAACGCGACACAAGCUGACAUUUUUGAGAAUACCACUAAAGGAGUGCUAGAUGGUUUAAUGAAUGGAUUCAACUGCACAGUGUUUGCUUAUGGUGCUACUGGAGCUGGGAAGACCCAUACCAUGCUGGGCUCACCAAAUGACCCCGGAGUCAUGUACCGCACAAUGAAUGAGCUCUUCAAACGAAUGGACGACGUCAAGGAAGAGAAAGAGUUUGCCAUUGCAUUUUCAUACCUUGAGGUUUACAAUGAACAGAUCAGAGACUUGUUGGCUAAUGUCGGGCCUCUUGCUGUCAGGGAGGACAGCUCGAAAGGAGUAGUUGUUCAGGGCCUUACACUCCAUCAGCCUAAGUCUGCAGAGCAAAUUCUCAGCGCUUUGGAUUAUGGCAAUCGAAACAGGACGCAACACCCGACUGAUAUGAAUGCCACUUCUUCUCGGUCUCAUGCUGUGUUUCAGAUAUUUCUGAGGCAGCAGGACAAAACAGCCAGCCUAAACCCUAAUGUCUGCAUAGCCAAAAUGAGCCUGAUUGACCUCGCUGGCUCAGAGAGGGCAAGCGCCACCAACGCCAAGGGAGCACGCCUACGGGAAGGUGCUAAUAUUAACCGCUCCCUCCUUGCCCUAGGAAACGUUAUCAACGCUCUGGCAGACCCAAAGAGUAAGAAGGCUCAUAUACCAUAUCGAGACAGCAAGCUGACAAGGCUACUUAAAGACUCCUUGGGGGGCAACUGCAGAACAGUUAUGAUCGCCAACGUUGGUCCAUCGUCCAAGUCCUACGACGACACCCAGAACACACUUAAAUAUGCCAAUAGGGCCAAAGAGAUAAAGUCCUCGCUCAAGAGUAAUGUUGUGAGUCUCGAUAGCCACAUUGGUCAAUAUGCUGUGAUCUGUGAGAAGCAGCGGCAAGAGAUCCUCCAGUUGAAGCAGAAACUAAAAGAGUAUGAGGCAAAAUACGCAGUGCCCGGGGCUUCCAACGUGAUCUCAUCCCAGAAACAAGCCGAGUUCAAAAGAAUGUCAGAAGCUCUGCAGAGCAUCUUCUCCAGCCGUGCUCAAAUCAGGCAGGAGCAGCUGGAUCUGGAGAGGCAACUGAAGGCAAAUGAGCUGCGCCAGCGCUACAGUGAGGAGGAUAACCAGCAGGUCCAACGAUUCUGUGCCAAAGAAAAGAUGGAGAAGGCCACUUGUAAGCACGAACGAAGAAUUGCCAGCCUACGCACUCAGCACCAGCACAUCUCCAAACGUCUGAAGGGGGUAGAGACUCGUUUUCUGGAAAAUGAUGGAUUGCUUCAUCGCAUCGAAAAUGAGAUUAAGUUGCUGAAGUCAAAUGAUCAGACCUCAGAGACCUUGGAGAAAGAUUUGUAUUGCCACAGACUAGAGUUGCAGGUGAAUGAUCUCCAACAGCACAUCAGGCAGAUGGUUGAGCUCGCUACGCUGCAGGAUCAGGAGAAUAAGCGCAUGCAGAAAAUGGUAAACAUCCUGUUGCCUGCUUACAGUAGGCAGUACUCCACAUUACACGCUGUCGGCUCGGUCAGUUUAGCAGACGAGAUGGAAAACCAAGAGCUGGGGCACAUUGUGUUGCGGGAGAGAGGCGUGGUCUGGGCCGACCAGGAAGAGACGGGGCAGCAGGUGAUAAGUAAAGAGAUUGGCAACGACUCACCGGAGACAUGUGGGGCUAAAAGGGUUGGGCUCCACAGCGAGCUGGCUCCCGUCCUGUCUUUCUCACAUCUGCAAUACCACCAGAAUAGCCCCUGCAGUGCAGAGAGGCACAAUAAGAGAGCCUUAUUCUGCAGUGCAGCUCCAACACCUAAAGGUGAAGGAGUUCAGCCAAUUAAGACAGAAGACAAGCCUCCAAAAAUGCCUAUUAGGAGAAAUCUGGCCACAUCACUCCCACCUCAAAGCCCACUAAGUGUCGUCAGGUCCCAAGCGUUCGAGGACGGCGUGCUCCCACUUCAAUGCACUCCAGAACCUGCUAUGCCGCCACUCGGCUGCUCCAGCUCCGUGGAUCCAAACAUGACAUUUGAAGUGGUUGACAUUGACGAUCAGACUGCAAGCAACGCAACCAUCAUUCUUGGCAGCAGUAGUCCGUGUCAGGCAUCGACGUCCGCAGACGUCCAACGCCCCAGCCAGCCUCAGCCAAGGCAUCUGCACAGAGCAGCUGAGGGGAACCAGACGGCUGCCAAAAGACAACACGCCGCUCCGUUGCAAGAUGUGCGACGGACCAACCCGACCUACAUGGGCUUGACCUCCGCUGCUCAAGGAAAGCGGAAACUCAACCGCGGCUUCAAAGAAGAGUUUCAAGGCUCCUCGGCACCGAAGCGGAUAAAGAAAGACCUCUCCGUUGCUCAGGCGCCUCUCAGGGUGCAACGGUUCACUGGUUCAGAGAACAAGCCCCGCAGAGUUGUGAGGACCGCUUCUGGGGGAAAUCUUGGUGUCCACGAUCGUCAGAAACACAAAUCCCAUAUCUAUAAAUCACAACAGAUCCAAAAGGUGGCCAAGUGGAUGUGAACCAAUCACUACCUUCACAUCAAGCCUUAUUGUUUUUAUUUGAACUUUCUUUUUUUUUUUUUAACUCUUCAAACUUCUCCGUCCAUAUUUGCUUGUUAAAACAAAUUGUGAAGACGUAGAAACAUAGGAGGCGCUCUGCUGUGUAGAUCCGCUCCAGCAGGAAUGCUAAUGUAGUCCAAGUGUCUCACACAGCAGAAAAACUACUUUAUUGUAAAUAACCACUGUAGAUAUUUUCCUUACAUUAACGUCCUUACUCUUUUAGCUUUUUGGAAGUUAUUCAAAACACAAACAAACAACAACAAAAAAUGAAACGUCUUGUGGCCGAUCUUUCACUAACAUUUAUGUGCUUUGAACAUGUAGGUGACGACGUUUCACAGGGCAGCUAGUAAAGCUGAAACUGCUCUAUUCAAAGCAGUUUGUAUAGUUGUUUUUCCUUUUAACUUUUGUACAAAUAAUAAAAUGUGGUUGUUCGACGUUGCUUAAUAAAAGUGUUUGUUAGAGAUCAGCCUGUUUUUAAAUAAGUAAAUCCCUUUUGUAAAAAAA